UUGAGACUUUGUUCCGAAUAUUUGAACAAUGAGUGGAAGAGGAAAAGGCGGGAAAGGACUCGGCAAAGGAGGCGCCAAGCGUCACCGUAAAGUCCUCCGUGAUAACAUCCAGGGAAUCACCAAACCUGCGAUCCGCCGUCUGGCUCGUCGUGGAGGAGUGAAGCGUAUCUCCGGUCUGAUCUACGAGGAGACCCGCGGUGUUCUGAAGGUUUUCCUGGAGAACGUGAUCCGUGAUGCCGUCACCUACACCGAGCACGCCAAGAGGAAGACCGUGACCGCCAUGGAUGUGGUGUACGCUCUGAAGAGACAGGGACGCACUCUGUACGGAUUCGGAGGUUAAAUCACUGAUCCGCUGGCUGCAGACAACAAAAGGCCCUUUUAAGGGCCACCAACUUCUCUCUAGAGCAGAGAAUCUACGAUUACAUAUCAUAUUUAAAUUGAAGAAUAGUCA